UCAGGUGCGAACGUCGCCGAAGCAGUUGCCUCCUUCCAUGCAAGAUUGGAUCCGCGUGCUGCGCGGUGUGGGCCUUGUUGCAGAGCAAGUGGCGAAGAAUGCCAAGCCUCUCGAGGAGCAGUCCAAGCGUGCGUUAACCCACGCCGCCGAAUUGAUCUCCCUGGCGCCGCAAUUGUUAACCACGAUUCCGUCGGCCGCACCAGGGACGGCAACACAGGGACCAACGGCAACAGGUUUCGAGGCGAAUCAACUGCCCACAGAUGCUACCAGCGCGGACGAGAGUUCUUUAAAAGAUUUUGCAUUUGCGCCACCUUGUGAAUCGAUUGAAAGCUUGCCGGAAGCUGUAACUAAAGCGAAUGCCCACCAGGUCACUCCUGCCGCACCUGUCGCGCCUCCCACGCCUGCCCCCGUGCAGUUGUACACGCCACCGCGACCACAACCGACGCAAUUGGAGGCGCUGCUUCCGUCUGCGGAAGCCAAGGAAUGGACAGAGAAGCACGUGCCGUCGUCGCCGUUGGCUCGAAUCGUCGGGUUUGGCGCGCUCGCUGCCCGCCUCGCCGUGGGCACCGCAACUGCAGUGAUUCAAAACCAAGGCAGUAGCGACAAGAAAUCGAUUCACCAGGCGUUUGUGUCGGAUGCUAACGCUGAACGGUUGGCCGAUGCACUCUGCACCAUGCGAGGGGCAGCGUUGAAGCUGGGGCAAAUGCUGAGCAUCCAAGACGAGAACUUGAUAUCGCCGCAGCUUGCCACCGCCCUCGACCGUGUCCGGCAAAACGCCCACAUCAUGCCCAAGUCGCAACUAAUUGCUCAGUUGACGCAAGAGUGGGGCCCCGACUGGCGCGAUCGCUUCGAGUCAUUUGUCGACGUUCCACUGGCGGCUGCGUCCAUCGGGCAGGUCCACAAAGCAACCCUGAUCAGCGGGGACGUGGUCGCAGUCAAGGUGCAAUACCCUGGCGUAGCCGACAGCAUCUCGAGCGACUUGCUCAACCUGAAGCGCCUUGUCACGUACAUGAACGUGUUUCCAAAGGGCCUUUACAUUGACGAGAUCAUUCGCGUCGGCCAGGAGGAGCUCACGGCCGAGUGCAACUACGCCCAGGAAGCAGAGAACCAAACAAUCUUUAAAGAGUUGGUGGAUUCGUACGAGUUGUCGCGGCACUUUGUCGUGCCCAAGGUGUAUGCGAACCUGUCGACGAACCGCAUCUUGACCACGAGCUUCAUCGAAGGCGUGCCGCUCGAUAAAAUAGCCCCGCUGUCGCAAGAGGUAGGGUGGCUUGACGGCGACGACUGCGCCAUGGGUAUGCUCAUUCGGACGGCAGAUUCGCAACCACGUGGCCCGCCAACUACUCCAGCUCACGAUCCACGAGCUGUUUGUGUGGCGAUUCAUGCAAACGGACCCGAACUGGAGCAACUUUUUGUACGAUCCGCAGAGCGGCAAGAUCGGCCUGAUCGAUUUCGGCGCGGCGCGCGCAUAUCCCAAGGAGUUUGUCGACACAUACUUUGACAUUGUGUGGGGUGCUGCCCAGUUGGACGGCAAGACGAUGAUGGAUGCGUCGUUGAAGCUGGGCUUUCUCACAGGUAGAUGCUUCCCGAGUGUUGAAUCGGCGAGCGCAACGACCGUGAUGUAGGCGACGAGUCCAAGGACAUGUUGGCCGCGCACGAAGCCGCGGGCAUGGUCGUUGGCGAGCCGUUUGCGUCCCACGAACCGUUUGAUUUCCAUGGUAGUCAGUUGACCCGCCGUCUGGCCAAGCACACGGAAAUGUUCAUGUCGGGUACGGCACGUGGGUCAGUGUGCAAGUGCUGACAACGUUGUAUCGAGUAGGCCGACUGACCCCGCCGCCCCGGGAAGUGUACUCGCUCCAUCGCAAGCUCGCUGGAGCAUUUCUCAUGUGCAUCAAGCUGCGAGCAGUGAUUCCAUGCCGCGACGUGCUCGAAGACGUUGCCAAGCUGUACCAGAAAUAGAUUUCGUACAUGACACACCAGACCCAUACACGUCCGACGUAAUCACUUUUCAACAACGAUAACUCGUCGCGUGGGCAGUAGGCCGACUGAGCAUGACCUCUCCA